AUGUGUUUCGGUAGCAAAGCCGACAAGGAUGAUAGUCCUGCCCCUCGCCCCGCGCAACGUCCUCCCUCCGCGCAACAGCAACAGCAAGACAUCAAGAUGAGCAGUAACCAACGACCACAGUACGCUCCCACGACCGGGCCCCCGCCCGGUCAAAGCUCCAGUGAGACCUACGCUCCUCCUCCCGGCCCGCCUCCGAGUCAGUCAUACGCUGCACCUAGCGGCCCUCCGCCUAGCCAGUCGUAUGCUCCGCCGAGUGGUCCGCCGCCGGGACGAGGUGAGGACGAUUUUGCACCUCCGGCAGGGCCGCCUCCUAGUCAAUCCUACGCCGCGCCUUCUGGGCCCCCUCCUUCUCAUGAGGAUUACGCACCUCCUUCUGGACCUCCUCCUUCUCACGGAGAUUACGCACCUCCUUCUGGGCCUCCGCCCAGUCACGACUAUGCCCCACCCCCAGGACCGCCUCCCUCCCAGCCACAGGGAGAUUUCGCACCACCAGCAGGUCCUCCGCCGUCCCAUCACGACUACACUGCGCCGCCUCCGGGUCCGCCGCCGUCGCAGUCGCAGCCAAAGCAUGAUUGGGAGGUCGCUGUCCCGGACACCUCCCUGUUCCCGCCACCACCCGCUUUCUUCAGCGGCUUUGACCGGUCACCUGCCAACAACUCGACUGAGCAGGAGGCCGAGGCGGGCGAGGCAUGGGUGGCUAAGUACCCUCUCGUUCAACCCAUUCAUCUCGACCCUGCCGCCUUGGAGGCCCUACGGGCCAACAGGAUCUCCCUGUUGCAACCCCAGGGCUUCCGUGGCAGCUUGAAUCAAGUUGCGCCUGGUGUUUGGGAAGCUUCGACACCGAAGAACGCUCCAGAUGGCACUAUUAUCGGUUAUCCCCCCCUCUACUCUGUGAGAAACCACUCUCCUUUGGCUACCGGUCGGCAAUUUACGGCGUACUACGAAGUUCAGAUUCGUGAGAGCGGCGCAAAGGAGGUAGACGUUGCCCUGGGUUUUACUGCGCUGCCCUACCCCAACUUUAGACUCCCCGGAUGGCACCGCGGCAGCCUUGCGGUUCAUGGUGACGAUGGACACAAGUAUAUUAAUGACAGAUGGGGUGGCAAGUCCUUUACCACUCCCUUCCGUAUUGGUGAGAGGCUUGGUGUUGGAAUGACCUUCUCAGCCAAUGACGGUCGGAUCAACGUUGACAUCUUCCUUACUCGUGAUGGCAGGCUUUCAGGUAGCUGGAACCUGCACGAGGAGAUUGAUGCAGAGCAGGAUGGCCCGGUUACUGGGCUCGAGGGGUACCACGACUUGAGCUGCGCGGUUGGUUCGUUCAACAGGAAUAUCUACGAGAUCAUUUUUGAGCCGAGUAGGUGGAAAUACCAGCCUUGA